GGGCGGGGUGCGGGCCGGCGGCGGCGACGGCAGCAGCAUCAAAGAGCCCCGAUUCUUGCCGCCCUGGGAGCCAUGCGCUGCUGUCUGUAAUGUCAGCGGAACAGGAGAAGGACCCCAUCGCGCUGAAGAGAUCCCGAGGUGGUGACAGUGGAUUGGAUGGGUUAGGAGGACCAGGAGUUCAGCUUGGAAGCCCUGAUAAGAAAAAACGCAAAGCAAAUACACAGGGGUCAUCAUUUCCUCCUCCAUCUGAAUAUGCUCCACCACCGAACCCAAGCUCUGACCACCUUGUAGCUGCAAAUCCAUUUGAUGACAACUAUAAUACUGUGUCUUAUAAACCACUUCCUUCAGGAAAUCCAUAUUUUAGUAAUCCUGGUUAUCCUGGCUUUGGAGGCUAUAACACUUUCAGAAUGCCACCUCACAUGCUGCCCAGAGUAUCUUCACCAUAUGGGGGUUCUUACUCCCUCAGAAACCAACCACAUCCUCUUCCUCAGAACCCUGUUGGCAUGGGUUUUAGUCGACCCCACUCUUUCAGCUUUGGUCCUCAUGAUAAUCCAGGUUUUGGGAAUCAACCACCUUAUGGCAGUGGUCAGAUAAAUCAAAAUGUCAAUAUGUCCGCUCAGCAUUUCAGACCAAAUCCUGGGGAGAACUUUGGCCAUUCUGGUCAGAUACCUCACCCCGAUGUGCCAGCUAACUUUGGUCCUGGAAACAAUCCAAAUUUUCCAAAUUCUCAGCUAGAGUCAAACCAUUCUUUUGUUCCUCCACCAAACACAUACAACCAGACAAAAUCAUCAGCACAAAAGCAAGACUUUAGUCAAGGUGCAAGCAAAGCAUCCAGCCAGAACACUGCUGCUCAUCAGCAUCAUCACAGGACAGAGGACGUUGUGAGUCAAGGUAACAGUGACCUGAAAAAUGUUACUCGAAAUAAUGUGGUAAAUCAGGAUAACAGCCAUUCUAACAGUGCUGAGAACACCAGUGCUGGCCACUCAAAUGGGACUCAGAGCAAGUCCCGCCAGCCUCGAGGUACUGCUGAAGGAUGCAACUCUGAAAAGAGCAGCAAAACACCCCUCCAUCCCAGUCGUCAUGGACACUCGUCCUCUGAACCCGUCUACCCGUGUGGCAUUUGUACACAUGAAGUCAACGAUGACCAGGAUGCCAUCCUGUGUGAAGCCUCUUGUCAGAAAUGGUUCCACCGGAUCUGUACGGGCAUGACAGAGUCAGCCUAUGGCCUCCUCACGGCCGAGGCAUCGGCAGUGUGGGGCUGUGACACUUGCAUGGCCGACAAGGAUGUGCAGUUAAUGCGCACUAGGGAGACUGCAGGACCACCUGCACUGAACACAGAGGGCUGACAGCCUGAAUGGGUGCUAGUGGAGCAAAUACUUGCUAUGAAAAUUCGGUUACAAAUUGGGUACUUCACUUUCUGCAGACAAUCAGUUGUGUUUGAUUGCUGUCAUCUUUUUUCCCCUAAUAUGUAUUCAUUCAAAAACUUCCAUCUCAGCUUUUGUACUCUUAGUUUUAUGUGUGCAAAUGUUUAACAGGAUGGAAUAUUUUUUGUUUCUGAUUAAAUUGUAACUGACAAUUGAUCGGAAGUAGGAUGAGCAUUGACAAUAUUAUUGAAGGAAAAAAUGUGCCUGUAUGAUUAGCCCUAAUUUGCUAGUGUAUGUAAAUGUGUUAACUAACACUAGCAUUUAGUGCUUGGUUUUAAUGGUACUAUAUUUGCAAUUACUCAUUACUUGGUUUUUUUCUUUUGGCGUGAAUGUCUGUUAUUGAUGUUCUUGCUAGCCUUUCUUUGAAUAUAGUAGAGAUGACAUGGAGGAAUGUGCAGUAUUAAUAGUUGUUAUUUUAGGGUAAAUACAGAGAAUUUUGUAUGUGCUUUUUCCUAUUUUUGAAGUAAAGCAUUAAUGUGCUAUUCAAAAAUCAUGAAUUCAUGCUUAGUAACACAAUGAAACCCGCUAACUGCUACGCAUUUCUGUUUCCUCAAAAAGGCAAUAAUCUCUUGACUUCUCAGAGAGAAGGCUCUUGCUAGGCCUUGCAUUAUUUGGAAAUUGUUGUGAAAUAAGAUUAAAUUGGAAAAAGAACACAUCGAGUUUAUGAAGUCCACUGCUUUAAAUCUAGAGAAUGCCAGAAGUAGGGUUGCACAUGUAA